UUGACCGUAUAGCGAUUCGUCAAACCUUCCAACGCGUGAAGAGUCCGCGUCCAUACAUAGCACUGGCCGCCGCCGCCGCCGCCGCCGACGACGACGAUUCAGUGAACAUGCCGUGCCGUGCCGCCGCUCGCCGCGCCGCCGUCUCCGCACUGCGAUUAGGGAGGCGAAUUCGAUUCUCUCAAAAGUGGAGCAGCUUCUGCGAUUCCAGUAACAAGAACCGACGGCCAUGGCCGACGAGGCUGCUGAACACAGUGUACAGAGCGUCGAGCAACAACUCUGUACAUUAAUCACAUCUUCCCUGCGUGCAACAGUACCUGACCUGGAUGUGGAACCGAUGCUUGAAGUCUCAAAACCAGGUUUUGGGGAUUACCAGUGCAACAAUGCUAUGAGUGUAUUUUCAAGAAUAAGAGGAUCCGCAACAAACUUCCGUAACCCCAUGGCAGUUGGGCAGGCAAUUGCAAAUAACCUCCCCCAGUCAAAUAUUAUCGAAUCCAUCUCUGUUGCUGGACCUGGUUACAUUAACAUAACGUUAUCCAGCAAUUGGAUUGCACAGAGGAUACAAGACAUGCUUGUUUGUGGUAUCAAAACAUGGGCACCAAUCUUACCUGUUAAGAGGGCAGUGCUGGAUUUUUCAUCCCCUAAUAUUGCAAAAGAGAUGCAUGUUGGACAUAUAAGGUCCACCAUAAUUGGAGAUACUCUAGCUCACAUGUUUGAGUUCACAAAUGUUGAAGUUCUUCGACGUAACCAUGUGGGAGACUGGGGUACACAGUUUGGGAUGUUGAUAGAGUUUCUGUUUGAGCAAUUCCCAGAUUGGGAGGAUGUUGGGAACCAGGCUGUUGGAGAUCUUCAGAGCUUCUACAAGGCAUCCAAGAAAAGAUUUGACGAUGAUCCUGAUUUUAAGGAGAGGGCUCGGCAAGCGGUAGUUCGACUGCAGGGAGGAGAAGAUAAAUACCGAGCUGCUUGGAAAAAAAUAUGUCAAAUCAGCCGAAUGGAGUUUGAUUUGGUAUACAAACGCCUUAAUGUGAAGCUUGAAGAAAAGGGAGAGAGCUUUUACAACCCCUACAUUCCACCUGUUUUGGAGGAAUUGACUAACAAAGGUUUGAUUGUGGAAAGUAAAGGCGCUCGAGUAAUAUUCGUUGAAGACCACCCUUUGAUAGUGAUUAAACAAGAUGGCGGCUUCAACUAUGCCUCCACAGACUUGGCAGCUCUUUGGUAUCGGCUUAAUGUGGAGAAGGCAGAAUGGAUAAUAUAUGUAACGGAUGUAGGUCAGCAACGACACUUUCAUAUGUUGUUCACUGCUGCAAAGAUGGCUGGCUGGCUCCCAGAACAAAAUGGAAAGAAAUACCCGAAAGCAAGCCAUGUUGGAUUUGGCCUAGUUCUUGGUUCAGAUGGCAAGCGCUUCCGGACUCGUUGUUCUGAAGUUGUUCGACUGGUUGAUCUACUUGAUGAGGCUAAAGCUCGGAGCAAAGCACAACUCAUCAAACGUUUCACUGGAAAUGGUCAAAUUGCUGACUGGACAGAUGAUGAGCUCGAUAGGACUUCAGAGGCUAUAGGAUAUGGUGCUGUUAAGUAUUCAGAUCUUAAAAACAAUCGGCUGACAGACUACACAUUUAGUUUUGAUCAAAUGCUGAGUGACAAGGGAAAUACUGCUGUCUACCUUCAGUAUGCACAUGCCCGUAUCUGUUCCAUUAUCAGGAAAGCCAGCAAGGAUGUAGAGAAGUUAAAAAUGACUGGAGCCAUUACCCUUGGCCAUCCAUACGAGCGUUUCCUCGGAUUACAUCUCAUCCAGUUUACCGAGGUUGUGGAGCAGGCUUGUGCCGAUUUACAGCCCCAUCGUUUGUGCGACUACUUGUAUAGCUUAUCCUUAACAUUCUCCAAGUUUUACACAAACUGCCAGGUGGUUGGUUCACCUGAAGAAACGAGCCGUCUGCUGCUAUGUGAAGCAACAGGCAUCAUCAUGAGGCAGUGUUUCCACCUGUUGGGCAUAACACCAGUGCACAAGCUAUGACAAUCCACGCCCCAAUACAAUGCCAUUUGGAAGAAUUUCCAAGCUAUAAAUGUAAAUAGUAUAUUACCUUAAAAGCUAAUGUAAAUAUUGAGUGGUGGUAGUGUCUUGUAAAUAGGCGGUGGCUGUAAGGCCUCGCCAUCUCUGUACAUUCUUCAAUUUUUUAAUAUACUACGGUCGGCGUUCUUUGCCGUCCCUACGAAAAUAAAAAAAAAUAAUGUAAAUAUUCUUUUUGUCAAUCCAUUUCUUGUACUAGUUUGACCAUGAGAAAAAUAGAAGAAUUUCACUC